AUGAAUAAUGGACCGCCGCCUCGGACGCCUUCACUCGCUCUUGCCAGUCAAAGAACCAGCUCAAUCUCUUUAGACUCUGAAGCUGCACAAUGGUCUCAUGUAGGCCACCAUCGUACCAGCAUUCCUCCCGAAGUGACGUUCGAUGAGCAGGAUUCGCAGAUCAAGCAGGAUCUACUGGUUAUUAUCACCCAAUACUUACAACAGGAAGGAUUUACCAUGUCUAGUGCCACAAUCCAAGACGAAGCAAAUGUAAAACGUCAAGGCAGAUUACAAGAACGAGAUGUUCUACGACGUUUAAGUGUUGCGAUACUGGAUGGAGACUGGGAUCUUGUGGCUAAAUUACUGGGUAAACACUUGAAAAAGUUUCAUGCCGCUCACCAGGGCUUCCUCUACGCCGUAUGCAAACAGGAAUACUUGGAACUUAUUGACCGCCAAGAGUAUCAAAAAGCCUUUACGUUUCUUACGACGCACCUCAAGCCAUUGGAAAAAGUAGCGGUCGCUUCGAGCUCCAGUCGCCAUGAAUUUAAAGAGCUCUGCUACUUGCUCACGUGCAAAGCUGUAGGCGAAUCGAGCGCUUUUCGGAAUUGGGAAGGUGUCGUCAGAUCGAGAGAAAAACUGGUAGAGCAGCUGAGAGCCACUUUUGCUUUGGAAGAGGUCAUCUCACCCCAACAGGAUGGAGAUACAGCCAUGACAACACCGCCAGCGGCACUGCCGGAUAACCGACUUGUACAAUUGCUACACCAAAGUGUGGCAUAUCAGAUGGAGUUUAGCCGAUAUCAUCCAAAAACAAUUCCCAAGGUUUCGACGCUGUUGAGAGACUUUGAGUGUGAAGUGUUGCCGAAUGCUGUAAAAAGCACCUACGUCGGGCACUCGCAAAACGUUAAGUUCGUCACGUUCGUGGGAACGGAUGGGGAACUGCUGGCUUCAGGUUCCAGUGAUGCCACAAUCAAGCUCUGGCCUACCGAACUGUCGGAUGCACUACAAGAGAGCGGCGAGAAAGAGGUGGACAAAACUGCGGGCACUGUUUGUCGACAAUGGACUCGAAAUUUGCUCGGUCACUCAUCCAGAAUUUGGUAUCUUGCGGCGAGUACAUCAGGAGAGCGUCUGUACUCAGGCUCGGGUGAUGGCACAGUGAAGAUCUGGGACUUGCGAGCUGCGCUAGCGGAGCGCGCUGUUGCCCAGGAUGUUCAAAGUGACUCAAAUGAUUUCCUGAAUGCACAACGCGGGCCCAAUAUCAUGCAGUCUGCAGUUGAAGCUGCUGCAGCUGCGUCCUCAGGAGGAAAAUUCGCGAUUGCAGCUGCCUCGAGGCUGCCUCACACUUACUCGGUGACAUCAGCCGAGUGUCUGGCAACGCUCGCGAGUCCAAAUGGUGGGGAUGUGUACACGGUAAACUUGCACCCUAGCGAGACGCACUUGGUGACUGGGGGCUACGAUCAAAGUGUCCGUUUGUGGGAUAUUGCCACUGGCGCUGUGGCGAAGGCGUUCCGUGGUCACUUCGCAUCUGUGUGCGAUGUUCAAUUUAAUAGGCAUGCCAACUUCAUCGUAAGCGGAUCAAAAGAUGGUACGAUUCGGUUGUGGGAUAUUCUUAGUGGGCUAUGCGUCCACACGUUGCGUCAGACGUUAGGUGAGGUCACCUCCAUCUCAAUGGCUUCCAACGGUUACACAUUGCUGAGCGGCUCACGAAACAAUAGCAACCGUCUGUGGGACUUACGUAUGCUUCAUACUCCACGUGCUCACCUGACGACUGGACUAGGUAGUGCGGCGUCCAGCGGUGGAUCUAGCGGAUCACUCGGUAGUUGCUCCAUGGGAAUUAAUGGAGCUAUCGUCAACGGUCACGGGUCAGGUUACUCUGCAGCCACUGGCGUUGGCAUGUCAGGAAUUAGUGCCAUAAGCAGCAGCGGCAACCUUGGCACAAGCGGAAAUACCAGCAGUGGAAGCAGUACUUUUUUGGGGAGUCGUCACGUAGAGCAACGACCACUACAGCGCUUUAAGGGCCACCAAAACACUGCCAAAAACAUAGUGCGGGCAUCGUUUGGUCCGCGUGAAAGUUUCGUGCUGGGCGGGUCCGAGGACGGCUAUGUAUACGUUUGGGAGGUGGCGACCGGAAAAUUGCUGGAGCGGCUCGCAGGCCACCAUGGCGUGACCUAUAAUGCCCGGUGGCACGAGAAGCAAGCACUGCUUGCUUCAAGCUCACACGACGGCACCAUAAAGACAUGGUGGUGGCAAGACGAAACAAGCCAGCUGUAA